AUGUCUUCAACUCAGUUCCUAGUGUUGCUCCUCGGAGUGGCACUUUUCGCCACUCAAUCAACUCUCGCCGAUUACUCUAAGCCUCCGGUGGUCGAGAAGCCUAAGCCACCACCAACCCCAGUCUACGUUAAGCCACCUCCGGUGGAGAAGCCUAAGCCACCACCAACCCCUGUUUACGUUAAGCCACCUCCGGUGGACAAGCCUAAGCCACCACCGACCCCGGUUUACGUGAAGCCUAAGCCACCACCGACCCCGGUCUACGUUAAGCCUAAGCCACCACCGACCCCGGUGUAUGUUAAGCCCAAGCCACCACCGACCCCCGUCUACGUGAAACCUAAGCCACCACCGACCCCAGUUUACGUGAAACCUAAGCCACCACCGACCCCGGUCUACGUUAAGCCCAAGCCACCACCGACCCCGGUGUAUGUGAAGCCUAAGCCACCACCGAGUUAUGGGAAGCCCCCGAGCCCUGGCCAUUACUGA